UUUCUGCUUUUCACAUUCCGAUUCAAAUUCCCAGGAUCGCAGCGCACAGACGCUAAAAGAACAAAAAUGGAAGAGAACACCACCACGGCCGCCGCCUCCACCUCCGCCACCACCACCACCGAUUCGGAUUCGAUCAUAUUAGAAACGCUAAGAAGUAGAGGAUGGUGUCUCGGCGACAUCGACCAAUUGAAAGCCAUAAUCAUGAUCCACUCCGCCUUGGCCGACGACAUGUCUACGGUUGUGGAUUCAGUCGAGUCCGAGCUCACCAACAUGGAUCUCAAAUCCUUCGGAGCCAAGUCCCUACCUGACCCGACUCUCCCUCGCAAGCCAUCUCAUAUUCUCGGUCCCAAAGUCCUUCAGAUAUCUUCAGUGAGAGACAUAGCGAAAAGCACAAUUGAGGAAUUUUCGCAUAGUUCAAAUAGUAAGCGGCUUCUAAGGCUAGGGCUCACAGAUGGACACGCUGAGAUAACUGCUAUAGAGUUCUCUCAUAUCCCUUCGAUCCCCGACGACGUUGUUCCUGGCACUAAGGUCCGUUUGGAAAAUAAAGCUGUAGUACGUAAUGGUAUAGUAUGCUUGAAUCCUAAAGUGUUAACUCUAUUAGGAGGACUUGUUCAACCACUCUAUGAAGAAUGGAAGAUGAGCCAAAAAUAUUCAGGUCUUUCCCGCUCAUCAUUGAGGCUAUCACAGGAGAGUGGUACAGGAGGUCCUCCUCCAUUUGAGAAGUUGCAAAUUGGGGCACCCUCACAUCGAUUUGCUCAGCAAGGAAAAUCUUCUGAAUACGCUGAGUCUACUUCCAAAAGCUUUGGGCCUAAUGGUGCUAGAAAUACUAAUAUUAGGCCAACAGGAAGGCAGCAAAACCUUGAUAAAGCAACCAGUGCAGUUAAUAAUCCAAAUGCAGCUUCAAUUACAGAGAGAGAAUACACUGGGUCUACUUCCAAAAGCUUUGGGCCUAAUGGUGCUAGAAAUUCUAAUAUUAGGCCAACUGGAAGGCAGCAAAACCUUGAUAAAGCAACUAGUGUAUAUAAUAAUCCAAAUGCAGCUUCAAUUACAGAGAGAGGUAGUGCUGAAACGACCACUGAAUACACUGAGUCUACUUCCAAAAGCUUUGGGCCUAAUGGUGUUGGAAAUACUAAUAUUAGGCCAACUGGAAAGCAGCGAAACCUUGAUAAAGCAACCAGUGCAGAUAAUAAUCCAAAUGCGGCUUCCAUUACAGAGAGAGCUGAAGAAAAUCCAAGCAGCUCUGAAAUAAGAGCCAAAGAAGUUGUGGAAUAUAUCCCUGUUCAAAAUCAAGCAGCUGCACAGAAACUCCGCCAGAAAAUGAGCAACCAAAACCAGGAUGGGCGACAAUAUAAAGGUAGAAAACAUAGGGGAAAGGGGAAACAAGAAGAAGAGCCAGUUGUUUACACUCUAGAUGAAUGGGAAAAGGGAAGAGGAGAGACAAAGCCUGUAACAAGAGAUGGGUUUCCAAACAUUAGUCGUGAUGAGGAUCUUGCAUGGCAGCUUCAAAACCAAUUUGAUUUAGAAGAUUCUCAUGUACAAAGAGGCAGUCAUGAAGCAGGGGCUGAUAACUUGCUUAUGAGUAUGUUUAAUUAUGAAAGAGAUGAUGAUAGGUCUCGUGGUACAGGACGAGGGAGAGGAAGGGGAAGGGGAAGGGGAAGGGGAAGAAGAUUUGGUUAACUUUCUAUCCUUAGUCUCUGUAUUAUCUAUAUCCUCAUAGCCUCUUUUGUGUCAUUGUGUGUAUAGUAACUUUUGUGGUUUUUUGGUAAUUAUAAUUUUUUGCGUUAGCAAUGUGUAUUUAUUCAAGUGUCAGUAGCGAGGUCCUGAACGUGUUAAAAUCUUGAAAAUUUCUCUUCUAUUGCCACCCUCAUAUUUGAUUGUUCGGUAAAGACUUACACAGUUACAGUACCUUUUUGAAGAAUGAGAAAGGAAUUGAACUUUUUCUGAUUU